UUCCCAUUCAUUCUCCGCCGGCGUGAGGGCGAGGAGGGGAGCAUGGCGCAUGCGCGGCUCUUCCUGGCCGCUGCCCUCCUGACCUGGGGCCUGGCCCGAGGCUCCCGGGACCCGGAGGCAGGUCUCACCCGGGUCCGCAGGGGCUGGACCAUGCCGGGCACGCUGUGGUGCGGGGCCGGGCACUCGGCGGGCAACUUCUCCGACCUGGGGGUUUUCCAAGGUCCGGACGUCUGCUGCCGCGAGCACGACCAUUGCGAGGCGCAGAUCCCUGCCCUGGGCUACCGGUACGGGAAGCGCAACCUCCGCCUGCACACCAUCUCACACUGCGAUUGCGACUCGCGGUUCCGGCGCUGCCUCAUGAGCCUCAACGACGCCAUCUCCAACCUGAUUGGCGCCAGCUUCUUCAACCUCCUGGAAGUGCCCUGUUUUGUGCUGGAGGAGAGCGAGGAGUGCAUCGAGUGGCACUGGUGGGGCGGGUGCAAGGAGUACGGCCCCGUGCCCUUGGCUCACUUGGUCCAGCAGAGCCACUACCAACCCCCGGUGCCAACCACCCAGCAGCCCAGCCUUGCCACCCGGCCAUCCCCACAUGGAAGGCGUCGAGGGAAAGGCCGCAAGCGGAGGCCCCACUUGGAACCCGCUUCGGCUUCGGCUCCUGCUCUGACCCCGGCUCACUCCCAAGCCCAUUGGCACCAACCCUCCCCGGCAGCCACAGCCUCAGGCCUGGCACCCAGACUGGGCACUCCGUUCCAAACAGACCAGUUGAAGACAACGACAGUGGGCAUUUUGCCAACGGAAGCCUCUAAGGUCCAGAAAGAGGGGGCCUCCUUGGAUGCUGGGAGACGUAGUUCUGCGAUCAUCCCUGGGAGCCGAGACACAGCGCAAAGUUGCAGCUGCUACCGGCGCCUGGACCAGUGCCCUUACUGGAUUGGGCCGCACGAGAUCAAGUACCAGCUGCACAACAUGGACUCCCGAACCCUCUUUCACUGCAAUUGCACCCGCCGGCUUGCCCGCUUCAUGCGUCGGAUGAAGGGCCUCAACGAAGUGGAAGGACAAGUCUUGUCUGACUACGUCUCCACCUCUUGCUUUGUCUUGGAGACGCCGCCGGAAUGUCGGAACGGCCAGCAGCAGCAGCCCAAUUGCAUUGGCGUUGGCAGAGCCCGCCUGUCGCCCGCCCGGCACCUCACCAACCAGCUGACAGACAAACUGUGGGGCAGCUCCCUCAAGGUCAAGCGCCAGGAACAGCGGCCCCCGCACCGGCCCCUCCGGCUUUUCAGUAAAUGCCGGCAGCUGGCGCGAGCUGCCCGCCAUGUGGUGCCCCACCAAACCUAAGAAGCCGUCGUUGUUUCUUGGCUGGGGUGCCAAUGUGGCAAACCCUGGCGCCUUCAUGGACUGAGCCCCACAGGGAGCCCCCUUUGAGGGCCGCUGCAGCAGAACCCUUUUGCCCUGGCACUGGUGGGCACGCUAAGACAAUCCCUUGUUGUGGACCAAGGGCUGCCCUCUCGAGAUGGGCAGUCGUUGCUUCUUGGACUUGGUGAAAAAGAAGGGGGAGCACAAGCUGGGGAGGGAGGGAGGGAGGGAGGGAGGGGGGCGGCUUGGAAGUUGGAGAGCCGCCCGUCUCCAGAAAACCUCUCACUCCUUAGCCACCAGUUGCCCGCUGGUGGUGAUGAGUGGGGCCUGGACCCAUCUGCACGCGGGUGAAGGGGAAAGGACGGCAAGCAGACUUGGCAUCCGGCAGCACUCCGUAUGUAUGUUGGACUACAACUCCCAAAGUAGGCUGCCACCCAGCUGGAGAGCCUUUCUAUGCCCACCCUGGGGUGUCUUUUGGGGCAUUUUGAGAUGUUACAACCCUCGCCAGUCUGGCACAAAUGGAUCUGCGUGGCAAUCAUGGGAGUUGUAGUUCAGCAGCAGAAGUGGUGUGCUGUUCCCACUCUUCUUGCCGAAAUCUCUUGCGUUGUUGUACUUUUCACUUCUGGUACGGAAAGCAGAGCGGGCACUCUGCCAUGUGUGAAUAAUUUAUUAGGAGGAGGUCGAAUGGCUACCUUUUAGACAAGAGAACAUUAAAAGCCUUUUUUGCACUGGGA